UUGGCCUAAAUAUUUUGUUUUUAUCAAUAAAUAUCUCAAUAGAGGUGCAGGCAACCAAACAUACGACGUUGAAUGGCGCGAAUUUUCCAUAAACAUAAACUAACGACAUAACCUUAAAAUUAGUUGCCAAACAGUAAAGGGAAAAGUGGUAUUCUGUGCAGAAUUCUUCGCUGCAGAAUGUCGAACCCAAAGGAAAGAAUAUCUUUAAAAUACACUAAUUCAUCUAAUAAGUUCUCGGAACCUUCCGCGGAGUAUAACAAUCAGUAUUGCAGUAUCUACUUAACCCGGCUUAAAUGUAUGGAGCCCCUUCUCAUGGAACGAAUAGAAAAGAAAUGGGGUGAUAAGUACCCCAUUUGUAAACUGCAUAAGCUUACAGAGGAAAAGUAUAACAAAUGUGUUGUCAUUGGUACUGUAUUUAAAGACCAAAAAUUAAAACCGUCAGUGCUAAAACAGUUGGCUGAAGGAAAUCAGUUAAUCCCUCAGCCUAUUUUAACUCAUUUUACCGAUGAGUCCGAUUUGUUGUUUAUGGAGGAUGAAGUUCAAAGAUAUCAAAUUGUUGGGAAGAUAGAUGGCACCAAAUUAGUUACCGGUAUUACCUGUGCGCUACUAGGAACUGAUAUCGGAAAAGGAAAAUUUGAAGUAGAUGAACAUAUAUUUGCUGAAUUUAGAGAACAAGUUGAACGGCCUAUUUUUGAGUCUGCCGUUUACGUAUUAUUCGUCAGUGGCCUAAAUCUCGUCGAUCAAGCAAAUUUUGCACCCAAUUUGCAGUUAUUAAUAUAUUGGCUAAGUGGGGCUUUUGGGGACCAUGAUAAAGUAUCUAAAGUAUGCAGAGUUAUCAUUGCUGGAAAUAGCAUCCGAAGUGACGCUCCAAAGGCAAAAACUACCAUCUCCAUGAUUUCUAAAGUAACCGAGUCGUCAGAUACGAUAGAAGCAGUUAAAUCUUUAGAUGACUUUCUCUUAAAAUUAUGUCAAGUUGUUGAUGUAGAUGUUAUGCCUGGCGAACAUGACCCAUCAAAUCACAUUUUGCCGCAAAAACCAAUGCAUUUCUGCAUGUUUCCCGAAUCUUCCCAAUAUAAGUCAUUCAAUCAAGUUUCCAAUCCGUAUCGAUGCGAGUUGGAUGGAUUUAAAUUGCUAGGAUCUUCGGGUCAACCAAUUAGAGAUAUUAUGAGGUUUGCUGAUGUGUCGACCAGUUUGGAAGCUAUGGAAGAUUGUUUGAUCUGGAAUCAUUUAGCUCCCACAGCUCCAGACACGUUAGGUUGUUUUCCAUAUUACGAUAAUGAUCCUUUUAUUAUCGAUGACUGUCCUCAUACAUUUUUUUGCGGGAAUCAGCCUGAAUUUGCGUCUAAAAUAGUUACAGGAGGAAGUGGUCAAAAAGUAUGUUUAAUAAGUAUUCCAGACUUUUCCAAAACGUUUGAGGCAGUUCUUUUGAAUAUUCAAAACCUAGAUUGCCAAACCAUAUCUUUUGAAACGAGAUAGUAUAGUAUAUGCAUGUGAACAUAUUUCAGUUUAUAUCAAAUUUAUACCAGUUUUUUUGGAAAUAAAUGUGCUAUUCUUAA